AUGAGCCUCGUCGAAGUCCACACCGUCUCCGACUGGAACAACGCACUGCGCUCUGCGACAGCAACGGGGCAGACUGUCAUCGUCGACGCAUACGCAACAUGGUGCGGACCUUGCAAGACGAUCGCACCGGUCUUUGACCAACUGGCGAAGCAGGCGGACUGGGUCAAGUUCGUCCGCUUCGACGUCGACAAGCUGCCGCAAAUCGCGCAGAAGUACAAGGUGACGGCAAUGCCGACGUUCUUUGCAAUCCAGGCGGGCAAGGUCGUCGAUACCCUGAAGGGCGCAGAUCCAGCCGCCUUGAACCGCCUCGUCUACACCCAUGCCGGCCCGAACCCUCCCAUCCCUCCCCUGAGCCCUGAAGCAGAAGCAGCGAAAGAAGAAGGAAACGCGGCGUUCAAGAAGGGCGAUUUCGAAGCGGCCAAGGUUGCGUAUACCAAGGCGAUCGAGCUUGCACCCAACUCUUUCGUCCUCCUCGGUAACCGCUCCCUCACGUCUCUCAAGCUCUCUCCACCCGACUAUUCCUCCGCCCUUUCCGACGCAGACGCCGCUAUCGCUCUUGCGCCGAAGUGGGCGAAGGGCUACGUCCGGAGAGGCGAGGCUUUGGAAGGAUUGGGUCGGACGCAGGAAGCGGUCAAGGCGUUUGAGGAUGCGGUGCGGCUAGGAACGGGAACGGUCAAGACUGAGGCGAGCCAGAAGCUGGAAAAGGCGCGAGCAAAGUUGGCGUAG